AUGGUCUUCGAAAGCUUGGUGGUCGAUGUUCUCAACAGAUUUUUAGGGGACUAUGUUGUCAACCUUGACAGCUCACAGCUCAAGCUUGGCAUAUGGGGAGGGGAUGCCAUUCUUACAAACCUUGAAAUAAAGGAAAAUGCCUUGAGUCAACUUGAUAUUCCCUUUAAAGUGAGAGCAGGACAUAUAGGACGGCUGGAGCUGAAGAUUCCUUGGAAAAAUCUCUAUACUCAGUCAGUAGAGGCAACACUGGAUGGUGUCUAUCUGCUCAUUGUCCCCACAGCAAGUAUAAAAUAUGAUGCUGAAAAGGAGGAAAGGCAGCUGCAGGAGGCUCGUCAGAGAGAGUUACAGCGGAUAGAGGAAACAAAGAUCAAGGCUGCUGAGAAAGAGAAUUCUGAGUCAGAGAAGCAGGACACCUUUGUGGAAAAGCUUGUCACUCAGGUCAUUAAAAACCUGCAGGUCAAGAUCUCGAAUAUCCAUGUACGCUAUGAAGAUGAUGUCACAAAUCCCAACUGCCCUUUGUCAUUUGGCGUUUCACUAGAGAACCUCAGCCUCCAGACAGCUGAUAAGAAAUGGAAUCCCAGUCUGUUGGAUGAGAAUUCAAGGCUUUUUUUCAAGUUGGUUCAGCUGGACAACUUGUUUGCCUACUGGACUGUCAACUCUGUGCUGUUCUCCAAUCAGAGUGUAGAUGAGGCCUUGCAAUGUCUCCAGAGCAGCAUGGAAAUCCACAACGCUGUUCCUGUUCGUCAUGACUUUAUUUUUCGACCAAUCUCGGCAGAUGCUAAACUUCGGAUGAAUCCCAGGUCAGAUGUGGACUACUCAUCUCCGAAAGUGGACCUAAUGGUCAAUCUCAGUGAGGUGGCCAUUGAACUCAACAGAUCUCAGUACAUCAGCAUUCUGGAGCUGCUGGGCUCAGUGGACAUGAUGGCACGAAACCUGCCAUACAGAAAAUACAGACCAGAGGUUCCUGUUCACCACAAUGCAUUCAUAUGGUGGAAUUAUGUGAUCACAGGGGUCCUGGAGGUGGAUGUGAAGCCUCACCUCCACAUGUGGUCUUGGCAGCAUAUUCGCAGGCACCGACGGAUGGUCAAACGCUACCGGGAGCUUUAUAAGGCCAAGAUCACUAGCAAGAAACCCAGCGAGGAGCUGCUCAAGAAACUGGAGGAGCCAGAGAGGACAUUGGAUAUUUUUAACAUCACUUUGGCCAGACAACAGGCAGAAGUGGAGGCAAGCAAAGCUGGCUUACGUAUUUAUCGUCCUGGGAUGAAGAUGGAGGAAGAACAGUCUGAAGGUUGGUUCAGUUGGAUGUGGAAAUGGGGAAGAGAGGAUACUAAAAAUACAAGUGAUACCAAAACAGGAGGCUUUGAUGAGCUUUUGACCCCAGAUGAGAAAGCUAAACUCUACACUGCCAUUGGAUAUAGUGAGAAUGCUGCCAAUCCCAACCUGCCAAAGGAUUUUGAGAACAUGAAAGUCAAGUUUCACAUGGCGAAGUUGUCUGUGUCCAUCAAAGACAAAAAGGACAAAAAUGAGAUCAUCAAGCUGACUGUGGGAGAACUUACAUCCAUGCUCACACAGAGACCUGGAGCACAAGCUAUGAAAGUCACAGCACAGCUUAGUUUGUUUGAGGUCACAGGUCUGGCCAGUAAACGACUAGCACCCAUUCUCCUGUCAUCGAGAAAGGCUGCUACAGGUCCAGGGACCCCGCUGCUGAGCAUUCUGUUCGAAACUAAUCCAUUGGAUGGAAGUGCAAAUCAGCGUCUACAUGUGGAAUCACAACCUCUGGAAAUCAUCUAUGAUGCUGUAACAGUAAACGGUAUGUCAGCAUUCUUCAUGCCACCUGAAGACCUUCCGCUGGAUGAACUAACUAAUGCAACUCUAAUGAAGCUAGAGCAGUUUCGAGACCGCACAGCAACAGGUCUGCUGUAUGUGAUUGAGACACAGAAAAUUCUUGAUCUAAGGGUGAACCUAAUGGCCUCUUACAUCAUCAUUCCACAAACUGGUUUCUAUGAUGGCACUCAGAACAUCAUUUUGCUGGAUUUGGGACAUUUCAAGGUGUCUAGUCAGAGCAGAAAGAAUCUGCCUCAGUUGUCAAUUUGCUCCAGCAAAAUUGAAGACAUCAUGUCCAGAGCCUAUGACAGCUUUGAUGUACAACUUAACAGCCUGCAGUUUCUUUAUAGCAAACCAGAUGGUAACUGGAAAAUGGCCCGUAAACAAAAACAGUCAUCACUUCACAUACUGGAACCAGUGGAUUUGAAGGUGGUGUUCAGCAGGGCAAUGGUUGUCAAAGAUUCUCGCAUGGCAAAGUACAAGAUUUCUGGAGAGCUCCCUCUGCUGUCUCUCCGUAUUUCGGAUGAUAAGCUUCGAAGUGUCCUGCAGCUGCUUGACAGCAUUCCACUGCCUGACAGCAAACCUGUUGCACGCAGCACUGGUGCGGCUGCUACACCAAAGCCGAAGCCGUCCUUUACUCCUAAGCUGACACCCAGGAAACCUCUGAGCAUAGUCGACCAGCGCUCAUCCCUCAUUUUUGAAUCAUGUGAGACCAUCAGCAUCACCUCAUUGGGGUCAGAGGAAGAUUUGUUCUACGAUGCUCCAAGCUCACCUAUCAGUGAUCGAUCAUUUUUCCCGGAUGAUCCCAUGCCGCUGUGCUACUCAGCAUCUCUCAAAAAGAAACCCCUAGAAGACUCUCAGAAGAAUAUGACUGACUUCAUUUUGAUGUUUGAAAUCAGUGAGUUGUCUGUGCAGUUGUGUCGUUUGUCUGGUGAUCAGGAGGUCAUCGUGCUUCACUUAGAGAUAGAGGGUCUCGGUACUGAGCUGAAACUACGUACCUUUGACAUGACAUCUUACACAUUUCUUCGAGAGAUCUGCCUCAAGUGCCCUGAAUAUAUGGAUUCAGAAGAGAAGGCAGUUCAGUUGAUCACCACCCUGGACAACACAGAGGAUGAUCUGCUCACCCUGGAGUAUAUUAAAGCUGACAAGAAUGGUCCUGAGUUCAAGUCUCAACACAAAAACACAGAGCAGCUCAUAAAGGUGAGCUUCUCAUCUCUCGAUGUGCAUCUGCACACAGAGGCUCUCCUCAACACCAUGAACUUCCUCAACAACCUCCUUCCUCCAUCCACUAAGAAGGAAGGAGGACAGGGAGAGCUUCCCACCAUCCCAGAGGAGGAUGACGGAGAGGAUAAGGAGGAGAAGAAAAAGGAGUCCAUUGUACCAAAGAAAACUUCUAAGAGUUCAAAGUUUGCAGACAUGGUCAAUCUGCAUGUCAGAGCUGAUCUCAACUGUCUGAAAGUUUUCAUUCGAGGGCAGAAAGCCAGAAUCUCAGAGAUCUGUAUUGAAGGUCUGGUUUCUGAGGUUCUGAUGAGGAAGAAGGAAAUGGAGGUUCUCGCCAACCUGAAAAACAUCGUAAUCUUAGACUGUGACAAAGAAGCUCUAUACAACAAGGCUGUGUCUAUUGCAGAUAAGGAAGUAUUUGCCUUCCGCAUGGUGAACUAUGUAGAUGCAACACAAGGCGAUGCCUACAUGGAUAUGUGUAAAGUUGACACUGCUGUCACACUGACUGUAGGAUGCAUUCAAGUCAUCUUUCUUAAUAAGUUUCUGUCUUCUGUACUGGCAUUCAUCAACAAUUUCCAGACAGCAAAAGACGCUCUGGCUGAGGUGACAGUCCAAGCUGCAGAAAUGGCGGCCUCAGGCGUGAAGGAGCUAGCAGUUCGGAGCACACGAAUUGCGUUGGACGUCCAUUUCAAUGCACCAAUCAUCUUUGUCCCACAGUCUUCCUCGUCCACUAAUGUCAUAGUAGCUGACCUUGGUCUGCUGUCUGUUAAAAACCGAUUUGCAAAGCAGCCCUUUGAAUCUGAUGCUAAAAUCCCACCGGUUGUGGAUAUAAUGACUGUGAGACUGAGUGACCUCAAGAUGUACAGAACUACAUAUGAAGGACAUCACUUUCAGGGCGAGAUCCAACUUUUGAUGCCAGUCAACUUGGACUUGGAAAUCCAGAGAAAUCUUUCAUCUAAUUGGUACCACAUGAUCCCUGACAUAGAGAUCACUGCUCAUCUCAAGCCUAUGAAUCUGAUUCUUAGCCAGGAUGAUAUGACAGUGGCCCUGAAGACUCUCAGUGAGAAUCUGUCUGAGACCUCUGAUGUCAUCCCCCCUCCAGCUCCUCCCCCAAGCACUGAACCCUCUUCUGAGUCUACAUCCAACAAAGACUGUCGUGACUCUGGAACAACAGGCACAGUUAGCAACAACACAGUGGUGACAGCUGCUGUGGUGGAGACUCAUGAAAGCAGCAAACAGAAAAACACUCUAAAGUUGGACUUUAAGUUUGAUUCCUUGACACUUGUCCUCUACAGUCCCAAUGGCAGUGAGAUUAAUCUGUUGGACUCACGUGAUGAACAGCUGAAGUUGGCAGAGUUUACUCUGGGCACCAUCUCCACCUCUGUCCAGAUGUUCUCUGACAGCUCCAUGGAAGCCUCUGUCAAACUAGCUGCUUGCCUUCUAGAUGACAAGAGGCCCAGAAUCAAAAUGGUCACCCCCAGGAUGAUGGCAAUGUGUCCUGGAGCUGAACAGAACGUGAUGGUGGAAGUAAAUUACCAUCAAGGCCGUGAUGGCACCAAUCUCAACACAGUUGUGCAAGAUGUUUACCUGUGUGCCAGCAUGGAGUUCCUGCUCACUGUGGCAGAUAUUUUUGUGACGGCUACCCAGCAAGGUUUUGCUAAGGUUCCACAAACAAAGAUCAGUACUGGAGUAGCAGAUAAAAAGAGCACCACUUCUGCUGCCACAUCUAAAGAGUCGAGUGUAGCUCCUGCCACAGUGUCAAAGAUGGAGAUAAGGGUUCUGGUGAGGAACCCUGAGAUUGUGUUUGUGGCUGAUCUAACACGUGCAGAUGCCCAAGCCCUGGUAAUGACCACACAGUGUGAUCUUAUGAUGAAAAGUGGCGAAGAAGGAUCAAAAAUGACUGCUGUCAUCAGGGACCUCAAGGUUGUGGCAUGCCCUUUCUUGCAAGAAAAGAGAAAACAUAAUGUGACGACUGUGCUGCAGCCUUGUCAGGUGCUCUUCCAUAGUUCUCAGCCCCCAGGCUCACCUCAGACCAUGGAUGUUUGCAUCAAUGCUUUGACACUGAAGGUAUCUCCAAUAAUCAUCAACACAGUGAUAACUAUCCAGUCGGCAUUGACUCCCAAGGCAGAGACACCCGAGGAGCUGGAGAGCCCCGUGCCUCCAGAUUUGUGGGAGAGAAGGAGCUGGAAGGAACUGAAGCUGUGGUUCCUUGAGGACGAAGAGGAUGAGGACACAAAGUCACAGUCACCACUGAUCCCACAGGGAGAGUCAAUGCAGGUGGCCAUCACAUCUAUUUGCUUGACUCUGGAGGCUGGUGUUGGACAUCGCACUGUUCCCAUGCUUCUGGCCAAGUCUUCCUUCUAUGGAGAUGUCAAGAACUGGUCCACACUCAUUCAUUUACACAGCCAGCUCAACCUUGAGGUCCACUAUUAUAAUGAGAUGAUGGGUGUGUGGGAACCGCUCCUGGAGCCCUUAGAGGAUGAGACAAAAGACAGUUUCAAGCCAUGGACACUGGAACUAAAAAUGAAGAAGAAACAGAUGAACUACACAGGUUUGGCAGAUGAACUUGAUUACAAUAUCCCAGACUAUAAAACGGUAAUAGUUGUCAGCAGCAAGGACCAGCUAAACAUCACCCUCUCCAAAUGUGGACUAUCCAUGCUGAAUAACCUGGCCACGGCAUUUGCAGAAGCUGCCAAACAAACGGCUGAGAGCUUCCAGAAGGACGAACAUCCAUUUGUGGUGAAGAACCGUCUGGGUUUGCCGGUGUUUGUCCAGUACAGUGAGAUGUUUUGUCCCACUGGACUGCAGGGCACUAACCGCACCGUUGAGCUGCAGCAUGGAGAAACACUUUGUAUGGACUAUUCAGCAAAACCUGACUCUGACCAGUUUUCAGCUAUGACCUCCUUGAGUGGGAAAGACUACUACAUCAAGCCUACUCCAGUUGGCCACACUUCAACUAGUGUGAUACCCCUGAUCAAGGUGGGCAGGGGAAUGUAUAGUGUGAUACACAAAGACUCUGGAGUCACUCGUUUUCUGGUCUGUCAGAUUUACUCUGUGGAAGGCAGCAAAUACAUCAAGAUCCGCUCUCCGUUCCAGAUCAUCAAUCAUUUUUCAAUCCCUUUCAAAGUUUUUGAAGGAUCAGUCUGCCUGGGUACAGCUCUCCCUACGGAGGAGUUCUGUGUACCUCUCGAUUCGUACAGGUCUGAGCUGAGCCUUCAGCCAGUCACAGAAGAGGACACCGGUGAACAGUUUGAGUGCUCAGAGGGCUUCAGCUAUGAGGAUGUCAGCAACCAGCCCUCUAAGAUGCAUCACCAGCAGACCUGCCAUGGCAGUGGAGAUCAUGGUGGUGUGAUGAUCAUCAACAUUGUGCCAUUGAAGGAUUCUGUGACAUUCAAGCAUACAGGAGAUGUUGGGGAAAAUUUUGAUGUACCCUUUGUGCUUCAUCUGUGGCCAUCGUUCUUACUGCGUAACCUGCUGCCUUACCCAAUUACCUACAAACUCAAGGACAGUGGACACACAGCCCCAGAGGUCACUCUAAAGCCAGGCCAUUCUGCCCAGCUUCACACUGCGGUUAUCAACCAGUCACGUCUUGAGCUUCGUCUUCUUGAAUACUUGGCACAGGAUUGGUCUUCUGAGUACAGUCUUCACAGUGAACAGGAUGAAAUCACAUUCAUCGUGUUCCAGUCUCUUCGGGAGGAUGAUGAUGAAGAUGGAACCGGGACAGAGAAGAAGAGACCUGCGUUGGAUAUAGCAGUACACGUUAAAUAUGACGUGGGACAGACGGUGGUUGCUAUACAUUCAUCUUACUGGAUGGUGAAUAAAACUAGCAGGUUGCUCCAGUAUAAAGCUGAUGAUAUCCAUCGUAAACACCCUCUGGACUAUGACAUGCCGCUUCUGUUCUCCUUCAAACCUCGGAACUUCCUGCAAAACAACAAGGUCCGCCUUAUGAUUUCAGAAAGUGAACUCUCUGAUGAUUUUUCCCUGGAUACUGUUGGUAGCUACGGUGAUGUCAAAUGCAAAGGCAGAUACAAAGACUACCUGGUUGGAGUGAAGAUUGAUGCAACCAGCUUUAGUCUGACUCGCAUUGUGACGUUCAUGCCAUUUUACAUGCUGGUCAACAGAACCAAACAUAUCAUCUACAUAAGCGAAGAGGGACAGGACAACUGGACUGAAGUUAAAUCAGAAGAGUCAGGUAUGCCUUUCUGGCCUGAGAAAGAUACUCAGCAGCUAAAGGUCAAAGUAGAAGCCUGUGAAUCUCCUCCUCAAACUUUUGACUUUACACGGCCAGAGAACUGCUUAUUGCUUCAUUUGGACAAUACUCUGGGUGGCAUCAUUGUCAAUGUGAAUAUAUCUGAGCACUCGACCGUGAUCCGUUUUUCUGACUACCACGAAGGCUCAGCUCCGUUCCUCAUCAUCAACCACACCAAUACCCAUAUUCUACAGUUCCAUCAGAGCUCUGAGAAGAAGGAACCUGAGGAACUGGAGCCUGGUAAAGUUGUGUACUACACCUGGACUGAACCCACUGGGUCCAGAGAGCUUUGCUGGAAGUGUGGCAGUUACAGUGGAACACUGAGGAGCGAGGAGGACCUUCGUAAAGAUCUAAACGACGAGGGGAAUCUCUUCCUGAUCUCUUUUUAUGAAGGUCUUCAGCGUGUUGUGCUAUUUACUGAAGAACGUCAAAUCUACAAGCUACUCUGUGAGAGUGAGAAGGCACAGCUAGCUGAACAGGAAAUCAUCCUGUCCCUGCAGAAUGUGGGCGUGUCUUUGGUCAACAACAGCACCAGCCAGGAAGUCUCCUUCAUUGGGAUCACAAGUUCUGAUGUGGUGUGGGAAUCAAAGCCGAAAAAGAAGUCUCGAUGGAAGACUCUGAGCAGUAAAGAGACUGAGCUACUGGAGACCAGCUUUAAAGCAUACACAGAGUCUGGACCUGUUGACAACAGCAUUGUCAACCUAGUCAACAACUUUCAGGUGUCCUUUACUCCCAAUGGUGUGGAUAUGCAAGUGCUGCAGCCUUACAAUGCGCCUCUCAGGAGACACUUUUUGCCUGGAGUUAAGAUGGAGUACAGUGUGUCACCACGGCAGAGCGCCUACCGUGUCCAAAUCCAUCGCAUACAGAUCCAGAAUCAGCUGCCAGGAGCCAUCUUUCCCUAUGUUUUUUACCCUGUCAAACUGCCAAAGUCUGUCACCAUGGACUCAGAACCCAAACCGCUAACUGAUGUCAGCAUUGUCACCAGAGCAGCAGGACACUCCGAUAUCUCUCGCAUCAAGUACUUCAAAGUAUUGAUUCAAGAGAUGGAUCUGAAGCUUGAUCUGGGCUUCCUCUAUGCCAUCUUGGACCUGUUCACCCCUGAGCAUGCCAGCACCAUGAACUCAGAACAGGAGGUGGAGCUGUUUGAGAAGGACAUAGAGUAUAUCAGGACAGCACUGCAUCAUGUGUCUGCUGCAGACACUUCUCCCAUCAGCCUCUAUGAGUACUUCCACAUUUCUCCCAUCAAGCUGCAUCUGAGUUUCUCUCUGAGUACAGGAGGAGAAGAUGGCUUGAAGGAAAAAAGAGAGACAGAAGUCAUUCCUGUCCAGUCCCUCAACCUCCUGCUUAAGAGUAUUGGGGCCACACUCACUGAUGUACAGGAUGUUGUUUUCAAACUGCCCUUCUUUGAGUUGAACUUCCUGUUUUGUACAACACAACAGUUACAGUCAGAGGUCAUCAGACAUUAUUCUAAACAGGCUAUUAAACAGAUGUAUGUGCUGGUGCUGGGCCUGGAUGUGCUUGGGAACCCAUUUGGUCUGAUCAGAGGGCUGUCAGAGGGAGUUGAGGCUUUCUUCUAUGAGCCAUAUCAGGGAGCAAUUCAGGGGCCUGAAGAGUUUGUUGAAGGAAUGACUCUUGGGGUUAAGGCUCUGGUGGGAGGAGCUGUAGGGGGUAUAGCAGGUGCAGCCUCCAGGAUCACAGGUGCAAUGGCAAAGGGCGUUGCUGCCAUAACGAUGGACGAAGAAUAUCAGCAGAAGAGACGAGAGGCAAUGAACACACAGCCUAGCGGUCUGAAAGAGGGACUGACCAGGGGCGGAAAGGGAUUAGUGUCGGGUUUUGUCAGUGGGAUCACAGGAAUUGUUAAACCUAUUAAAGGAGCCCAGAAGGAGGGUGCAGCAGGUUUCUUUAAAGGAUUUGGAAAAGGUCUGGUUGGUGCAGUUGCCAGACCAACAGGAGGUAUUAUUGACAUGGCCAGCAGCACUUUCCAGGGGAUCAAGAGGGCAGCAGAGACUUCUCAAGAUAUUAAAUCAUUACGUCCUCCUCGCUUCAUCCACGAGGAUGGCGUCAUACGACCAUAUAAGGAGAGGGAAGGCUUUGGGAGUCAGAUGCUCCAGAAAAUUGAAAAUGGACGUUUUGCCAGGUACAAAUACUUUGCUCAUGCCAAGGUCAAUGAUUCUGACUUCUUCAUGAUCACCAAGAAGGGAAUAUUUUUUGUUACAAAGGGCACAUUUGGCCAGCUCACCUGUGAAUGGCAGUAUCUGUUUGAAGAAUUCACCAAGGAUCCGAUGAUUGUAGAGGACCGCCGACUUCGAAUUGAGGCCAAGGAGAGAGUGAAGUCUGUGUUUCAUGCCAAAGAGUUUGGGAAAAUCAUUAACUUCAAAACUCCUGAGAUUGCCAAGUGGGUCCUUUCCAAACUGGAGGAUGCAAGAGAGAGUUUACCCAAAUACUGACCCGUGGAGAGAAAAUAAACACACACACCCACACUGUGUGUCAGUGCCUUUGUUCAUCACUGCAUGCUAUUUUAGCUCCACCUGUGUGGACUUUUAUAUGUCCUAACGCUUCCUUCUGCUAUGUGCUCCAAAGUUUUCUCAUGGCAUUUAUACCAGACAGAAUCAAACACAACGUGUAAUUGCACUCAUCCAUUGGCUUCAUGCAUUAUGCAUAUUUGUUGUUAAUCAUAUCUUUUACAAAUUGAUGAAAGGAAAAGUCAUCACUGCCUGCUUGUAUGUGGAAUGCUCUUGCAAACUGAGCAAUAUAAAUUUUCUAAGCCUUAAGCUUGUUCUCAUUCUUGUCCUUUUAAUAUCACUUUUACAUUUUUUUCACUUUCAGGUGCUUAAACAUAAUUGAAGUUAUAUUUUGCAGUAAGAGCACUAAUAUUUAGUACUGAACAUGUGACAUAACUGCUGGAGACAUUUAAUGCUUAAGUUCAUUUUACGGAUUUUGUAAAAGGGAAACUGAACAGUACUUCAUUUGUCCUUGCGUCAUAUUUUCUUACGCACUUUUUUUCCUUGAUGUAUUUCUGCAACAUAAACACUGUUUACUGCAAUUUAGGUGCAUGUUAUUUUUAUACUGCACUUAUCUGUCAUGUAUCUGCUGUAUAUUGAUCUAACAGAAUAUUCUCUGUACAUAUACAGAUAUAUAUAUAUAUAUAUAUAUCAUCACACAAUCGUCUGUAUUGUGGCAUUGCAAACUGUGACCUAGGGAUUUUUACUUUUUUUUUUUAUACCACAGGUAUGCAGUGCCAAAUAUGUUGAUUUAUGCAGAAUAUUUAAAAGAAAUUAAUGCAUAUUGUGUCAUUCACAGUUAUAAAGGUUUUCUUUGCUGUCUGUUAUGUUUUGGUGAAGCAACAUGUUCACUUCUGUAGCUUAAAAUGUUUCCAAGAAAUAAAAAUGUCUCACGGU